CUUGUUACAGAUUCUUGGUCAGAGAGAAACUGAACUUGUCACAAACGGUCGUGUUUUAACGCCUCCAGCAUGUGGAUCAAUAUCAUUCUGGUUAUUUUAGUGGUACCAUACGCUGUGGGUCAGAACACAUCGAGCAGAUUAAAACAUCAAUUGUUUCGAGACACUCUGCUUCAUGGAUACCCAAAGGACAUUCCGCCAUUUUCCUCAGAAGAUCCUUACUUGGUCACUGUGAACGUGUCCUUCUUACUGCUUUAUAUCCAGGGUCUCGACGUCGCUAGUCAAGUCCUCACUGUAUUUGGAACACUGAUUUUCGAAUGGUAUGACCCACUCCUUAUUUGGAACAGUUCAUCUCACGAGAAUCCUACUUAUCUGAAACUGGAGUCAAAUGAAAUAUGGACGCCGCCAUUCAUGUUUUCCAACAAUGCUGGCUCUCCACUAGACUCUAGCAAUGCCUUGAUAUAUGGCUUUGGAGAUGGUUACGUUUCCAUGACAAUCACUGACUUGUUCCACACUCAAUGCUUCGUCGAUGUCACACGUUAUCCUUUUGACAAGCAGCAGUGUAGCAUCUUUCUCAAUAGUUUGGUUGGUUACACUUUCAACACCACUAAUGUUAAGUCCAAUCCUUUCACCAGCAUCUUGGGGAAGAGCGUCGAAUGGAAGGUAGAGGAUGUUUCUUUGCGUGUAGAACAUCUGGCAAACGUUUAUGGCGUUGAGGAGGUUGCCAGGAUUAUCUUUAGUCUGUCACGUGAGUACACGUUUCAUCUUCUGACUGUGAUCACACCCGUGUCUCUGUUGUCCGUGAUGAACGCCUGUGCCUUCCUUCUGCCUGUAGAGUCGGGAGAGAAGAUCUCCUUCCUCAUCUCAAUUCUCGUCACGUACGCUGUGUUCCUCAAUUUUGUCAUAGACGUGUUGCCCAAGUCUGGAGUUCCGUCCCGUCUCGCCAUUUACCUGAUCCUGGUGUUCUGCCAAAGCUGUGCCGUCAUCUUGACUACACUUGGCCUCCUCAACCUGUAUCAAGGAGCAGACGACAAGAAGCAGUCCAGCACUGAGGCGACGCCUGUCGAGAUGAACCCUCGUGAUGGACUUGAUCUCGAUAUACUAAGUGCAAAGGUGUCUCCGAUUGAAAUUGAAACCAGUAAGGAAAAGGUCCCGAAGACUAGAGGGAAGAAAUGGAUCAAAUCACUGGAGAGAAAACUAUUCUUGGUUUUCCUGGCAUUUGCCUUGUUGUCUUUCAUUAUUCUGUUUGUGUAAUUCGUUUCGCGACAUUUAAUCGUAUGAAACAUUUGUGAUCUGUUUUAAACCGUCUGUCACUUUUGUCAAUAGUAUUGUGGGUAUCUUGCUAUGUCGUACUAACCUUGAAGCUGACAGGUUGUGUAUCAGUUUCAGUUUCUGAAAUAAACACUCCUGUCACUUGAUAUUGAUCAGCAUGUUUCCGUUGUUCACGUAUGAAGCAUUGAAAGGUAUAUUAUUUUGCCUGAUAUGUAAGACUGCAUAUUUAUUCCUGUGAACCGCUUCAUGGUUUUUCAAGAGCACAGUUUACGUAUAUCAUAUCCUACAGAUUUUACAUGGUGUGCAUGUUAACACAGGAAUGCAAGUGAUAGAUCUAUAGAGGUUUGUGAACGUGUUUAAGCAGGUUUGUCUUUUGAAUGUUACCUAUCUUGCCCAAUGUACCCCAUGUAUACGAUCUAUAGAUCUCUGAUAUGUGAAUACUAGCGUUUAUUUAGUUGGCUCAGUAACUCUCGACGAGGAGUCUUUGGAGUC